AUGUCCGUCUUUGAACAGUUACAACCGUUUGUUAGCCUCUGCCAAGCUUGCGGCUUUGUUCCUUACACAAUAAAGCGCAAUUCAACUAGCGGGAAAUUUGAACGGUUCACGUUCUCUUUUAAAAAUGUUAUUACUUGGUGGUUUUUGCUAGUACUUGCGUAUCAAAUUUUUGGUGUAAGUACGGUAGGAUUUUUGAGUGGUGAUCUACAAGACAUGCUAUCGACUGAUAGAAUCAUUCCAACCACUUUGAUCAUCUUAACCGGGAUAUCCUCGUCCCUUUUUUUAGCUCAAUUGCUACCGUCUCGCUGGAUAGCGUUGCAUCACCGUCGUUUAACCAACGCAGUCGAAGCCAUCCAAAGAGUUGAAAGGCUUUUGGGGGAGGAAUUCAUCACGGAACAUGCAAGUUCUAUUCCGAUUCGAUUUGUCGUAGGUUUUGCAGCUGUUUUAAUGACGUCUAUAGGUGUGUUGGUUGUGACCAUGCCAAUGUACGCUAUGCUUCUACCACCAGCUUUUGGAAUUUUUUCAACUAUAGUUUUGUUUGUGGCUUCAGCGUCCAUCAACAUAACGUUUGAUUGUUUCUUGCUUUUUAUUCACAUGUGUUAUUACAUCAUCACACAUUAUAUACAAUUGGUAUUACUGCGUUUCAACGAGCAAGAGAACGAUGAAUUUCUAGCAACUUCCCACAAAGAUUAUAAUUCUAUUGAUGGGUUUUUCAGAACGAAUAAGAUCGAGUUGAUGAAGAGAAAUGCAUUGACAUUUGAUUACCUUUGUCGGGCUUCGUCAGAACUCAAUAGCGUUUUCUCCAUUCCCGUUUUUUACAUCUUGGCUAUCAAAUUCGUCACAGUCGUCACCACUGCCUUCGGUUACGCCUACCGCUUCAUUCAUACGAAUGACAUUUUGGAUAAUGCCUUUUUAAUUUAUCCUUUCCUCAUCGUCACGGAAUCAAUCCGCAUUUUGGUUCUUUUCACUUCGACUGACAUGCCAGUUAACCAGGUUCGUCUCCUUCAUGAACGUGUUAGUGCUCUGUCUCUCUCCGGAUUUUCUAAAACGAUGGCCGAGAAAAUAACGAUGAUGACUCUGUUGACACAAAUUGACGAAGAUCGUAUCCAUUUGUCCGCUGCCGGACUAUUUAAGGUUGGUGUGCAUCUCAUUCCGGCUGUAAGUUUGCUGUUUUAAACCUUUCUAGUACACGUACAAUUCCGAAUUUCACUUAUCUAAUGCUGCAAUUAUAGACUGAAUGUUUUAUUUCAUUCUUAGUUGAGUGGUGCAGUCGUCACGUACAUGGUCAUCCUUCUCCAAAACUAAUGGAAAGUAGUCGAAAGGGCUUUUGCCUGAUUGUCUGGAUGUCCCUGAAUUCGCAUUCUCAUUAAAAGCAUUUUAUUCGACCUCUGUUUUAGGAGGUAGUGAAGUAUGACAGCUCAUAAGAAGGAAGCAAUGGGAGCUAUAUGUCACGUUUAUAUUUUAACUAUCAACAAUAAAAACUUAAAUGAAUUAGAAAACAUUUAUCAUGUUCAGACUCACUUAAAACAAAUUAGUUUUCCACUUUUAUUCGGGAAGUAUUACAUACGCACGCAUUUUAUUUUUUACUUUUGACAACAAUUACCGAAAU